AUGGAUCAUUGCAGCAAAAAGAUAGAAGAGCUGAUAAAAGGAAAUAUUGAUAAGGGAGAAAUAGAAAGUAACGAAAAGAGUUAUCUCAUAAAAGGCUUAGUUAAGAAUAUUAUUGAAAUUGUAAAAUUAACAAAUAGGCUUUCUACUAACUGUUUAUACGGGAACAAACUUGAUGCAAUGUCCAAUGAUGCAGAAAUUAAGAAUUUGCAAAACGAUUUGCUUAAAGCUGCUUACGAUUUAAUAUUUUAUAGCUCCAGUGAGAAAACAAAAAGUAUGAUAACAUGUGACUGUGAAAAUGGCUAUUUAACCAUAGCAAAUAAUUAUCAUAUCAUAUCAGCUACACUAGAUGAAAUAUUUACAAGAUCGAAAGAAUGUUUUCGAUUUUUUAAUAUUCAAAAUAAGGAUACUCCUAUUUUAACAUGUAAAAAUAGUAAAAUUCUGGAUAAGCAUUUUACAAGAAAUUCUUCUCAGAAUAAUGAACAAAAUUAUUGCACAAACUUUUUAUCAUCUAAUGUUGAUGAGCAGGUGCAGGAAAAGGAAGAAAAAAAAAAACAAAAAAUAGACAGAGAUUUCGAGGAAGAGACACAAAAGGGAGGACGCUAUACUAGAUCUAGUAACAAUAGUAAUGUAACCCCGUUUAUAGAAGAUAAGAAAGAGCAACCAACUAUGUUUAUCAAUGAUCAGAACAGUAUUAUUAUUACUCCACACACACGAAUUGGUGAAGCAGAAGAAAAAGAAGUAGAAGAAGAGGAAGAAAGGAACGCUUUUCAGCUAAUUGUCAAUGCUAAAAUAUUGAAAGUUCAAAGUGAGUCUGAAGAUAGUUCCUUGGAUAAGAAAUGCCAAAGUAAUAAAGGAAAAAAAGUGAAAAAAGAAAUAGAUAAAACAUAUAAAAAAAAAAGUACACCAAAUGCCAAGAUAAAAAAUGAAGAGAAUAUAGAAAUAAGGAAUGACAUGAAUCCAUAUAAGUACAUUUCAAAUAAAACGCAAAAUUCAUGGCUACACUUAAUUAAUAAUUAUGCGACAGUUUUCAUCCCGCGUGUAAUUUUCAAGUAUAACAAACUGACAGAUCUGGAGCACGACUUGGUAGAAGCAGUGAAGUUGCAAGAGGGAUACAUUAAAAAGAAGCAAAAAGUUUUGAAUCUUUGGAGUCGUUUUAAUUGUGGAAAGCUUAGGCAUGUCAGUUGUGAAGAGAUCAUCAGAGAUAUAUUUCAAGAAGACCCACUUGGGUAUGAUUCUCCAAGUGAAGAGGAGGAACAAACUGCACAGAUGGGACAAUCAGGGCAAAUGGGGAACCCCGGGAAAUCACGUGAUCAGAGUGAAUCAAAAAAUAGAGACACAAAUAAUGGUUCAUUGGGAGAGAUGGCUCGACCCUACUCUCCGUGCAGCAGCUCAGAUUGUGUUGUAGAGAAUUAUAGUAGCCCUAUGGAUGACGAUUUUUUUUGGAAAAUGUUAAAAAAGCUAAAUAAGGACAUAAAUAAAUAUGAACACAAAUAUAGCUUCUUGAACCAUCCCUAUAGGUACGAAAUAAAUGAUAUAAUUAACCAGUAUGAUAAAAUGGAUCAGAAUAUUUCCCAUUUUGUGAAAGUAAAUUCAGAAUUGCAUAAACCAAUGGAUAUAAAUAAGAAGGUAUAUAAAAUUAUAUACAAUAAAAUUCAACUUGAGAAAAUGGUAAAUAUUAUAAAAAAGGAUUGUGAUCAAGUGUCCCUAUCAAUUGUAGUGAAUUAUAAAAACACUUAUAGAGGUUUUACGUGUCUAAUUUUAAUAGGAACUAAGGAUAUUGAUUAUAUUAUUGAUGUUCUUAACAUGUAUGAGGACAUGCAUAUACUGAACGAGAUAACAACAGAUUCGAGGAUACUGAAAAUUCUGUACAAAUCAGAAAAUAUCUUAUCAUUUUUACAAAAAGAUUUUUCUGUUUAUUUUGUUAACAUUGUUGAUAUUUUUGUAUGUUCAAAUUAUUUAAACAUUAAAAAUUCAUUACCUUAUUUAGUACACAACUAUUUUCACGUUAGUGUCAAUUCAGCGGGACAAGGCACAAAUCUUUUAAAAAGACCAUUAUCUCCUGACACUGUUCAUAAUUUGAGAAUGCACUUUCACUAUUUGUACUACUUAUUCGAGUAUAUCAAAACUGAUUUGUAUUUCAACUAUAUAUUUAGCAAGUACGGAGGGAUAGAUGCUGAGGACACGACGGAACACAUCAACCGUGCGAACCUGGAUUUGCAGAUUAAUCAGGAUGAGAAGGAUGUGCAGAAGGAACAGCUUCAUUUGAGUGAAACCGAGGAGAGGAUUGUCCAAACUGCAAGCAUAAAACAAGAGGAAAGUAAAGGAAAAAGAAAUAUUUACGUUAAUUUUGAAAAUAUAAGAUUCUCUGGCAUAUCAGAAGAGGAACAAAAAUAUGGGCAAGAAAUCAUCAGGACUGUAUUUACAGACAGCAAUAGAAUAUGCUUACUUCAGUACAAAAUAAAAGAGGUGUGUGAUGUGAAAAAAACGAAAGAUCAAAUUAAAACUAUUAUCAAAACUUCCUACUAUAAUUACACAAGUUGUGAUAAUUUAAUAGAAAACAUAUUAACAUGGAGAGAAAAAUUGGCAAAAAAAAAUGACGAAUCUCCUGAUAGUAUAAUUAAUAUUCAUACAAUUAUUUCCAUUAUUUUGAACAUGCCUACAUCUAUUUCAAGUUUAAAAAAUAACAUCAUACCACUGUCUAAUAUAAUAUCAGAAAAUUUAGAGGCUCUAUUUGAAAUUAUAAUCAAAUCCAAUAUAAAAAAAAAAAAAAAUCUACAUUUUUAUCAGAAUUAUAUUCAAAAUGAAAAAUCACAACCUUAUGACAAAAACGAAGAAGCUGAAAUUAAUUCUAUGAAAUUUCCUUUUCUUCACGAGGUAGAAAAUUCCAUAAGUACAUACACUUCGAAAGACAUUCUUAUUGAUCCUCCUAAAAUGCAUUUUCAGAGUAUUUCUGAGGGUGCACAACAAGAGGAAAUUCUACGGCCCCAUAGGGAUGACAUGCAUAGUAGCAGUAAUGAUGGAUGUAACACUAAUCCUAAGGAAUGCAAUGAAGCUGGUGAAAAUCUUACCAGUAAUGUGGAUGAAGUAUUUACCCUUGAGAGAACUUUUUUUAGCAAUGAUAAAAAUGGGGAGAGUAUCAAAAAUGAAUUUAGAUCUCAUGGAAGCAGAGAUAUAAAAUAUGAACAUUACGCACAACUAUCGUCUCUAAUUAACUAUGUGAAAAAGAGAAAGUGGGACGUGCGCAAAGUGUUUGAAGAGUCGAAGCAGGUAGAAGAAGUGAAAAAGGAGGAUGUAGAUGAAAUAGAGAAAGAGAAGAACAUUGAUAAAAAUACGAAAAGACAGCUACCUGAGAAUCCUGCACAUCGGGAUGCUAAUCAAAAAAAAAUCAAACAAGUGAAACAUAAGUCAUAUGUCCAGGAGUAUAAUAUCAAAAACAGGAAGGGGAUAUACUCUAGUAACAUUUUAACUGAGAUGAACAAAAAGUGGAAUAACUAG